AUCCGUGGAUGCUGCAUUCUUCUUGGUAUUGCUAUUCGUGCUCAUCUUCUUGACCAGAUCCGUCCGACGCGAACGCGCGACGCCACAGAGAUCUACGAAGUUGACACCGUGUUAGCAAUGGAUGCCGAGGACGACUCUCCAAUCAUAUUUGACCUCGCCCGGGCCUGA